AUGAACCUACGAUACGAGGGACAGGUAGUGGUCGUCACUGGGGCUGGCUCUGGGCUGGGUAAAGCCUAUGCCAAGUUCUUUGCCAACAGGGGCGCCAGUGUCGUCGUGAACGACCUGGGAACAUCUUUGAGAGGCGACGGACAGGGUUCCAAGAGCGCAGAUGCAGUCGUUGAUGAGAUUAUCGCCGAAGGUGGCAAAGCGGUGGCGGAUCAUCACUCAGUCGAAGAUGGAGCCACUAUCAUUGAAACAGCGAUCUCAUCUUUUGGUCGUAUCGAUAUUCUCAUCAACAACGCUGGAAUUUUGCGGGACGUGAGUUUUAAAAACAUGACAGAUGCCGACUGGGACUCGGUCCAAAACAUCCAUGUGAGAGGUGUGUACAAGACGACACAGGCCGCAUGGAUUCACUUCCGCAGACAAAGAUUUGGCAGAGUCAUAUUAACCUCAUCUGCUGCUGGUCUGUAUGGAAACUUCGGUCAGUGCAACUACGCUGCUGCCAAGUCCGGCUUGAUCGGGCUCGGCGAGACUCUGGCCAAGGAGGGACAGAAAUACAACAUCUUGACAAAUGUCGUUGCUCCGGUCGCCGCUAGUCGUAUGACAGCCACGGUGAUGCCGCCGGAUCUACUUCAGCAUCUGACACCAGAGUGGGUAGUGCCACUGGUCGCAAUUCUAGCUCACCAAAGCAACAUAUCCGAGAAUGGUUCCAUUUUUGAGGUCGGUGCAGGACAUGUUUCAAAAAUCCGAUGGGAGAGAUCGAAAGGAUCUAUUCUUAAGUGUGACGAGACCUUGACUCCUGGCGCUGUUCUCGGGAAAUGGGACCAGAUCAACAACUUUGCAACUCCUGACUAUCCUUCCACUACUGCCAACUUGGUUGAACUUCUCAAGCAUUCACAGAAGCUUCCACCUAACAUACAGCAGGAGGAGGUCCGAUUUGAUGGAAGAGUCGCUGUUGUCACUGGGGGAGGCGCUGGACUCGGUAAAGCUUAUUGCAUCGGACUAGCCAAACUUGGGGCCUCUGUUGUCGUAAAUGAUUGGAAAGACCCUUACAGAGUUGUGAAUGAAAUCAUGUCGUGUGGAGGAGUGGCUGUUCCAGACAAUCACUCUGUGGAAGACGGUGACGCUGUAAUCGAUACAGCUAUCCGCGCUUUUGGCAGAGUCGACAUAUUGAUCAACAACGCGGGUAUCCUGCGAGAUAAAGCGUUCCAAAAUAUGACCGACAAGAUGUGGGACGAUGUGAACAAUAUCCAUCUCCGCGCGACCUACAAGUGCGCUCGAGCAGCAUACCCCUACAUGGUUAAGCAGAAGUACGGCCGAAUCGUGAACACAACGAGUACGAGUGGAACCUACGGGAAUUAUGGACAGGCAAACUAUGCCGCAGCAAAAACAGCAAUUGUAGGCUUCUCCAGAGCCCUGUCCAUCGAAGGUCGAAAGAACAAUAUUGUCGUAAAUUGUAUAUCACCAUCAGCCGGUACCGACCUCACCAAGGGGGUUCUUCCAGAGGAGGUCGUAAGAUCUCGCAAGCCAGAAUAUGUAGCGGCGAUUGUGCUGCUCCUUUCAUCUGACAAGGUCCCCAGCGACGCCAGCGGCAAGAUAUUCGAGGCUGGCUGUGGCUGGCACGCGGUGACGAGAUAUCAGCGAUCAGAUGGCUACGAUUUCCCAAUUGACACGCCUCUUACGCCGGAGCUUGUGCUUGAGAAAUGGAGCGAAAUUGUCUCAUUCACUCCUGGUAAGGCAUCGACACCUACUGAUGCUGGGGAUACUCGCCGGCGUAUCUUGGCAAACGUUGCUAGAUUGGGAAAGGCCUCACUGAACAACCAGAAGUGGCUCGAUGCUAUCCAAAUGGCCAAGAACGCGAAGCUCCAGCCAACUGAGAUGAGCUUUAAUGACAGAGAUAUCAUUCUGUACAACAUUUCCAUUGGCGCUAGCGUAUCACAGCUUCCCUGGGUAUUCGAAAAGCAUCCUGGCUUUGAGGUUAUCCCUUCUUUCGGUGUGAUUCCAGGCACAACCGCAGUCAGACCAUUCGAUUUGAACGAUCUCGUGCCCAAUUUCUCAUACAAGAAGCUGUUACAUGGGGAGCACUAUCUUGAAAUCCACAAGUCUUCGAUUCCUACCGCGGGGACCUUUGUAUCGGAGAGCAGGCUCAUUGACAUUCUGGAUAAGGGCAAAGCUGCGGUAGCAAUUAUCGGCACCACAACUCGCGACAAGGCUACAGGGGAAAAGAUAUUUUACAACGAGUUGACUCUCUUCCUACGUGGUGCCGGUGGUUUUGGUGGUGUGGCCACUAGAAGCGUGACAGGCAGGGGUGCAGGUGUACAUGUCACUCCUGAGGGUGAGCCUGAUCAGGUAGUAGAGGAGAAGACGUCACGCGAUCAAGCAGCUUUGUACCGUCUGAACGGAGACAGGAACCCUCUGCACAUCGACCCAGCUGCCAGUGCGGCAGGGGGUUUCAAAGUGCCCAUCAUUCACGGCCUCUGCUCAUUUGGAAUCGCUACUAAGCAUCUGGUCUCAACCUACGGGCCAAUCUUCAGUGUCAAGGUUCGGUUCGUGGGGACUGUAGACCCUGGGCAGACGCUGCGGACUAAAAUGUGGCUGCAGGGCAAGCAUGUUUUCUUUCAGACCGAGGUCAAGGAGACCGGGAAGGUAUGUCUUGGCGGGGGAGUUGCGGUUCUUCGUGGCCCAACCAAGACUCACUUGUAG